CACAAAUCGAACCAGUGUUUUAUUGUCACGUGCUCGCGAAGGAAUGUAUCUUAUUGGAAACUCAGAGUUAAUGGCAUCGAAAUCCAAAGACAUGUGGGCUCCUAUAAUUCAUAUUUUACAUUCUCGUAAUCAAGUUGGUUUUGGUAUGCCGAUACAAUGUGAUCGACAUCCUCUUAACAAGCAUACUAUUAAAGAACCCGAACAAUUCAAGUUAGUUAACACAAAUGGUAGAUGCUUUGAUCAAUGUGGCGUAUUAUUGGCUUGUGGACACGCAUGUACUUAUAGGUGUCAUGCAGAUGAUCCUAAACAUAUUAACGUAAUAUGCCAGAAACCUUGUUCAAGAUUUCAUCCAAGAUGUAACCAUCCUUGUGAUAAGCUUUGUAAGGAUUGUGGAAUAUGUAAUUUUAUCGUCGGGGACAUUACAUUACCUUGUGGACAUCAAAAUAUUCCAGAUAAAAAUCAAGAUUUAAAAUUUAAAUCAAAACUUGUCAAAGGUAAUUAUUUUAAAGUUUUGUUCAAUCCUUAA